AUGUAUCCAAACACAUCUUCUACAGUUUUACUAACACUGGAAACACUGGGCUUAUCUAAUGCAAAUGCUUACCCAGCAGUCUUGUUUGGAAUUUUAACAUAUCUCCUUAUUAUGAGUUGCAAUUUAAUGGUGUUAGUAACUAUUGCUGUGAGUAAAAAGUUACAUAAGCCCAUGUAUAUCCUGCUGUUUAACUUGCCCGUCAGUGACAUGGUAGGCGCUACAGCUUUUUAUCCUCAGCUAGUUUUUAGCAUUGUGAUAGACAGCAGACUGGUUUCCCAUCCUGCAUGUGUAACUCAGGCUUUUCUGAUUCAUGUUUAUGGUUCAGGAAACUUGUUUAUCUUGAGUGCAAUGGCAUAUGAUAGAUACAUUGCGAUAUGUUGUCCCUUAAGGUAUAACUCUGUCAUGAAUCCAAAUAAUUUAAUGAGAAUUACCAUUUUAAUAUGGGUUAUAAAUUUGUCAUUGCUGGGCAUUGUUUUUUUACUGCUUGCACGGGUUAAAAUCUGCAGGACAGAUAUAGUGGAUUUGUACUGUAACAAUCCAACAUUAGUGAAACUGGCAUGUGAGGACACCAAGGUGAACAAUUAUUACGGAUUGUUUAAUAUAGUCUUAAUUCAAGGUGGAUCAUUGCUAAUAAUGAUUUACACCUAUGCACAGAUUUUGCAUACAUGUCUCUUAACUAACCAGGCUGACGCUCGUCGAAAAGCCAUUCAGACUUGUGGUACACAUUUAAUUGUUUACCUAAUCUUUCAAAUCAAUAUAAUGAUAACACUCAUUUCUCAUCGCUUUGAGAGUUUUUCUCCUUUUCUGAGAAGGGCUCUUGGUGUCUCAAUCUUAGUUUUUCCACCAUUUUUGGACCCGAUUAUAUAUGGACUAAAAACCACAGAACUGAAACAGAGCAUCAUAAUGUUGCUAAGGAAAAAUGUAGGUUUAAUAAAGAUGUAA